CCUUCACCAACCACCUAAGUCCUUUACCGUCUGCCAUCCAUUUUUCAGAAUGAGUUUCACCAAGGUCAGCUUUCCCUCCAAUGGUGUCAUCGUCGUCGGUGACUUCUAUGCUCCGGCUCCUGGAACUCCGAACCGUCGCGGCGGUGUAGUUGUUACAUUAGCUGUUGCUAUGCAAUCAGUCAACCCAUCAUACAUAGUUAACUAACGUAUUGGUAUAAUGUGGACAAAUAGUCCGAGAGCUCUCCGCCAUUGGCUGCAUAUGCUCUAGAGGUCAAAUGUGC